AUGGAAGAAACUUAUCCAGCGAAAGAGAUAUAUCAUGAGAGACAAAAAUUAUGGUUUUGUGGCCAACUUCAAAAUAAAGCAUUUUCCAAAGAACAACUUGACGAUAUCGCCUUGAAUCUGUCCAAAAAAACCGAUUCACGAAUUAAAAAUUUGAAUUUUCUCCUCAUUAAUCCACACAAAAGUGUUCUUGGUAUUGGUAACUAUGAUAUUAAUGUUUUGGAAGUAGCUUUAAACCAGCAUGAUUUGGAACUUCAAUGGUUUGAUGCUCGAAGAGACAUUCGGACGGUCAUCCAAUUCACGGAUCCAACCCUUUUUGGAAUUAUCUUAAACACUCAAUCAUCUCGUCUCUAUUUCUGGUCAUCUAAUCAUUGGAUUGCCGUUAAACCGUUCUUUAGUGAUAAUGAAGAAACACCAGAGAUUUACAACUUGGACUCUAAAUUGUCCAAACCUCUAAAGUUCGAUAACAUAGAGCAGGAUGGACAAGUUUUUAUUGUCAAGAGAAAACCAAAUAAUGAUGGAAAUGAAUCAGAUUAUCACUAG